AUGAUUGACGACCAGGAUCUCGGCUUCUUCGCCAACUUUCUUGGCAUCUUUAUAUUUGUGCUGGUCAUCGCUUACCAUUAUGUGAUGGCAGAUCCAAAAUAUGAAGGCAAUUGAAAGUAGCUUAUUUCGAAUUAGCCUCGGCAACAAUAGUUAUGUUUGUUACUUAUUUCGAAUUAGCUUCGGCAACAAUAGUUGUGUUCUUCUAUGUUUAGCAGCUCUAUAUUAUAGAUAUUGAGUUUUGAUGUGUCGAAACAUUAUUACUGAGCAUUGAGUUUGCAUCUGGCUGUUUCUGGUCCAUAGAAACUUUGGCAAAAACUAUUGAUCAGUGCAUUGCUUCAAAUGGAGUAAAGGAUCUCAUCUUUUCCUCCCCUCCCCUCCCCUCCCUGCCGCCGCAGCGUAAUGGUUUAGAAGUGUUUGUUGUUAAAAACAAGAAGUGAUUGCUGUCUCUAUGAUUUGGAACUUUAUUAAUCAAGAUCCAUAGUUACCUUACUUAUUA